CUCCGUAGAGAGACUGCUGAAAAAGCUUGGUUUGGUUUCUAUAGCAAUAAUGGAGAAAACUAUUCAAGCUAUGGUGGACAAGAUCAAGAAAGAGAUGUUCUACUCCGUUGAUCUCCGCCAUUUUGUUUCUGCCUCGGCAUAUGACACAGCAUGGCUAUCGAUGAUUCCUGACCCGGAAGAUCCUAACCGUCCUAUGUUCCCACAAUGCCUGGAGUGGACACUCCACAACCAGAAGGAACUAGGGCUUUGGGGGGAGCCAAACCACUCCAACCUCCCCACCAUAGAAUGCAUCCCAGCAACAGUUGCUUGCAUGGUUGCACUCAAGACAUGGGACGUGGGACAUGAAACCAUACAGAAAGGGUUGACGUUCAUCCAUGAAAACACUGAGAAGCUAUUAUUGGAGCAACAUGGCGGCAAUAGUCGAUGGUUGGCCAUUGUUUUCCCCGGCAUGCUUGAAAUCGGUUGGAGCAAAGGUCUACAGCUCUUUCCUGAUGGCUUGCCGGAGAUAAUGAAAUCGAUCUUUGCUAGGAGACAAACAAUCAUGGAAAUGGAAAGUUUUUCCAAUCAACCUCAUCAUCCACCGUUGAUUUAUUACUUGGAGGCCCUACCUUCGACGUACAGGAUAGAUUACGAUGAGUUGCUUCAGUGUCUGAGAGGAGAUGGGUCUUUGUUUCAAUCGCCUUCCGCAUCAGCAAGUGCAUACAUGGUUACAAUGAACAAAGACUGUCAGCAUUACUUAGAAUCUAUGGUACAAAGAUGUGGGUCUGGAGUGCCUCCUACCUAUCCGAUUGAUGAGGAUCUUAUAAAGCUAUGCAUCGUUGAUCGAUUAGAGAGACUUGGAUUGGAUGAACAUUUUCAUAAAGAGAUUAAAGCUGUAUUAAGUGAUGUUUAUGGGAACUGGAUGGAAUGUGAGGUAGAUCCAAUCGGGAGCCAUAUAUCGAUGCUUCAGAUUUACAAAGAUUCAUUGGCAUACCGGCUUCUAACAAUGCAUGGGUAUCGUGUCUCUUCAAGAAACUUCUCUUUUUUCAUAGAUUAUGAAGAUAGCAAAGCAUGUUGCGUGGAUCAAAAUCAUGAUUUUUUCAUAAGCACCAUGCUUAAUGUCCACCGUGCUUCUGACUUUAUAUUUAUAAAGAAAAAUGAAGCUGACGAGGUUAAGUCGUCCACGAAAAAGAUAUUGGAAAAUGGAAUAUGCAAAGAGAAAUUCAUUGUGGCCUCAAAGCUCCGUGAGGAGGUAGAACAUGAACUAAGCCUUCCAUGGCUCGCACGGUUGGAUCACUUGGAGCACAGAGAGUGGAUUGAACGAGGCAAAACCCACGAUCUAUGGACUGGCAAGGCAUCCUAUUUGAGGUUAUCUUGCCUAAACAACACCAUGUUGUUGAACCUAGCAAAAGACAACUACAUCUAUCGCCAGUCCAUAUACAGGAACGAACUUGAAGAGCUAAAAAGGUGGGUGAGAGACUCUGGAAUUUCUAGCUUGGGAUUUGGUAGGGAUAAAACGACAUAUUGCUACUUUGCGGUGGCUACCAAUGCUUAUGAUACACAGAUGCGCGCAGUACGCAUAACAAGCACCAAGAACGGCAUCCUCCUUACAAUCAUCGAUGAUUUCUUUGAUGAAUAUGGUUCCAUGGAUGAGUUGAGAUGUUUCACUGAUGCAGUUGAAAGAUGGAAUGGAGAAGACAUGGAUGGACAUGGAAAGGUUCUCUUCCAUGCCUUGGAUGGUCUGGUCAAUGACACGGCACGGCAAGCUUUCCAUGUUCAACGGCGCGACGUCACAAAGCAUCUUCGAGAUAUUUGGUGCCAAGUGAUAAGAUCGUGGCUACAGGAAGCAGAGUGGGGCAGCAGCCAUUACAGACCGUCGAUGGCCGAGUAUCUAAGAGCCGCUUCAAUCUCAGUUGCUGUCCAGACAUCAGUACUUUCUUCAAUGUACCUGGUAGGCCCCAUUAUAUCUGAAGAAAUGACGGAUCACAGCGACUACCAAAAGAUUAUCGAAUUGCUUAUGCUCUCAUGUCGCCUCUUGAACGAUUUGCGAACCUAUGGGAAGGAAAGCGAGACAGGCACACCAAACCUCGUCCUUUUACUAAUGCAAGAAGACCCAAACGGCAACAUUGAAGAUGUGUCAGCUUACAUAACGAAGAUCCUCGAUAGAAAGAAGCACGAGCUACUCGAACACAUCCUAAUGGAUGACAAGAACAUCAUCCCAAGACCUUGCAGGAAGCUUCAUUUGAUCAAUCUAAGAAUAUUUCAAAUGUUCUACAACUCCAAGAAUGCUUUCGAUUCGGCGACGGAGAUGGUUCAAGGCAUCAAAAAAGCAAUCUAUGACCCUUUGUCAAUGGAAACGCAAAUGUAGAGAGAGGGACAUUAGGUUCUAUCAGUUGAUCAGGUUGCUUGUGUUAAUGUCUUUAUGUUGGUAACGAUAUGCAUUAGUUGAAUUCACAGGUGAAAAUCCGUGGAAAAAAAAAUGUAAACGUCUUUAUUACUAUUGGCCGUCCCCAUUACGGCUUACAAGA